UUGACCUAAUUAUAAUCAGAAAAAUGAUGUCUGCACGUGUACAAUGUUAGUUGACGUUACUGUCGCACACGUAAAGUGUUCAUGCUGUCAUACCCGUGACAGUCUCCUGCCGAACACAUAGGACUUGAUCGGAGAAAUGAAAAGGGCUUAAUCAGGAAAUGAACGAAGGACCGACUCAAUAAUUACUAUUCUCUAGCUCUCUCUCUGCCCUCGAACUCGACAGCAGAUACAGAAUGGAGAGCCAAGAGUUUUAUCACCGCCUCCCAAAAGUGGAACUUCAUGCUCAUAUCAAUGGCUCCAUCAGUGAGGACACAAUAAAAAAACUAUUGAAGAAAAAGGGACGAGAGGAGGAGGGUGCAAAUGUGCGAUUUAACAAGGAACAGACAGAACCACUGGAGGAUUCUUUCAAAAGAUUGAAGUUGAUGCAGACAUUAUCAAACUGUGCAGAAGACAUUUAUAUUAUAACUUGUGAUGUGAUUCAAGAAUUUGCCUCCGAUAAUGUAAAAUAUCUUGAGCUGAGGAGCACUCCAAGGGAGAUAACUGCUACAGGCCUGACUCGAGAGUUAUAUGUGGAGGCUGUGUUGAAGGCCAUAAAAGACUCGGCUCACCUGGACAUAAUUGUCCGUUUCCUCCUCUCAAUCGACCGACGACUUGGUGUGGAUGUUGCACGAACAACUAUGGAACUGGCAGAGCGGUACCAGGACAUCAGCAAUGGAGUGGUUAUGGGGCUCGACUUCAGUGGAGAUCCAAAGGUGGGCGAUGCCAGGGACUAUCUGCCUUUGUUUAUAGAGGCCCACAAUAGGGGGCUGAAGCUUACCUUACAUUUGGCAGAGGUGCCUGCCCCUGAAGAAACGAAAGAUAUACUGAAGGAGUUAGGGACAAGGACAGGUCGGAUUGGGCAUGGGACAUGUCUACAGACAGAGUGUGGAGGCAAUCAGACCCUUGUCGACCUAGUGCUGCAGCACAGGAUACCCCUAGAGCUCUGUUUAACAUCCAAUGUCAAAGGUCAGACAGUGCCAAACUACGAUCAGCAUCAGUUCCAGUUCUGGUACAACAAAAAUCAUCCCUGUAUCAUAGGCACGGACGACAAAGGUAUGUUCGAUACCACUUUGUCAGAGGAGUACGCCAUAGCUGCCCAGACGUUCGAACUGGACAGAGAGUCUGUAUGGAAGCUGUCCCUCGCUAGUAUAGACGCCAUUUUCGCUGAUGACGACGUCAAACAGACGCUUAGAAACAAGUGGCAUGAACUUAAACCAAGUCUAAAUAUCACCUAACGUAACAUUGAAGAUGAUCAUUGUGUCUGCUGGGUUGUCCGGUGAUGAUAAUCGUCGCCUUUAACGAUCAAAUCAAACGAUGCUGAAGCCACUGACGACCAAAGAAAUCCAUACUGCCAUUGUUUUUAUUGUACAGUUUGUAUAUUUGUCAAUGCUCACUGUGACUUACAAUGUAGAUAGAAAGUAAUCUAUAUGAGUACAGGUGAGGAAUAUU